AUGGCUGGUGGUGGCGGUCCUUCAUCCGGCACAGUCGAGCCUCCUCUGAGCCAGGCCUAUGGCUAUGGCAUCGUUGUUGGUCUCGGCUUUCUUUUUGCCCUGGGCAUGAUCUUCACGACAUGGGUCUUGAAGCGGUAUAACCAUGAGAAGCAGACCUCGGAAAUGUUCAACACCGCUGGCCGAACGGUCAAGUCUGGUCUUGUUGCUUCAGCUGUUGUUUCCAGCUGGACUUGGGCUGCUACUCUCCUCCAAUCAUCUGGUGUUGCGUACCGAUAUGGUGUCUCUGGACCAUUCUGGUAUGCUUCUGGUGCUACCGUUCAGAUCAUUCUCUUCGCGACCAUUGCCAUUGAGUUGAAGAGAAGGGCCCCUAACGCGCAUACCUUCCUUGAGGUCAUCCGAGCUCGAUAUGGCCGCAUUACUCACUGCGUCUACAUUUGCUUCGGUCUUUUCACCAACAUUCUCGUCACUGCCAUGCUCUUGACUGGUGGCUCUGCUGUAGUCACUUCUCUCACUGGCAUGCACACCGCUGCAGCAUGUUUCCUGCUGCCUCUUGGUGUUGUUCUGUACACCAUGUUCGGAGGUAUCAAGGCCACUUUCUUGACAGACUAUGUCCAUACGGUCAUUAUUCUCGUCAUCAUCCUCAUCUUUGCGCUCACUGCCUACGCGACCGGCAGCGAACUCGGAUCACCUGGCGAAGUUUACGAUGCGCUCACCAAGGCCGCCGCCUCUCAUCCCGUUGAAGGUAAUGCUGAGGGUUCAUACCUCACCAUGAGAUCUCGUGAGGGUAUCAUCUUCUUCGUCAUCAACAUCGUUGGCAACUUUGGCACCGUCUUCAUGGAUAACGGUUAUUACAACAAGGCUAUCGCCGCCCACCCUGUCGCCGCCCUCCCUGGAUACAUCAUUGGCGGCCUUUCAUGGUUCGCUAUCCCUUGGCUCUGUGCGACUACCAUGGGUCUCAGUGCUUUGGCCCUCGAGACCAACCCUGCAUUCCCUACGUACCCCAACCGGAUGGACCCGGCUGAUGUCUCGGCCGGUCUUGUUCUGCCCUACGCUGCUGUUGGCUUGUUGGGCAAGACUGGUGCUAUUUGCACUUUGAUCAUGAUCUUCAUGGCUGUCACUUCUGCGACCUCGGCUCAGCUCAUCGCUGUUUCCUCCAUCUUCACCUAUGAUGUUUACCAGACCUACAUCAACCCCCAAGCUUCCGGUGGCCGACUUAUUGGUGUCUCGCAUACGACUGUCUGCCUCUACGGUGUAAUCAUGGCCAGUUUCAGUGUUGGCCUCCACUAUGCUGGUAUCAGCAUGGGCUGGCUGUACCUCUGGAUGGGUGUCAUGAUCUCCGCAGCUGUCAUCCCCGCUACGCUGACUCUUCUCUGGAAGCGCCAGAACUGGAUUGCUGCCGCGGCAUCUCCCGUCCUUGGUCUUUUCUGUGCGCUCAUAGCUUGGACUGUCACCUGCGCCAAGGAGUUUGAUGGUGUUCUUAGCGUUGACAACCUCGGUUCCAACAACCCUAUGCUUGCUGGCAACGUUGUUGCUCUGUUGAGUCCUCUGAUCUUCGUGCCGCUCUUCACAUUCGGCUUUGGCUCGGACAGCUAUGAUUGGGCUUCUAUGGCUGCUAUUAAGCAGGCUGACGAUACCAGCGACUCCAACGUUGACUCCGAAGGUGCUGUCGUAACCAGCUUUGCCGUUGCUCCUGAGGAAGACAUGGCCAAGCUCAACAAGGCCUCCAAGAUUGCGAAGACGAUGACUGUCUGCAUGACAAUCGCUUUCCUGAUUCUCUGGCCCAUGCCCAUGUAUGGAACAUCCUAUGUCUUCUCCAAGCCCUUCUUCACUGGCUGGGUUGUUGUUGGUAUCCUCUGGCUGUUCUGCAGUUCCAUCGCAGUUGGUCUGUUCCCUCUUUGGGAAGGUCGACAAAGCCUUGUUCGUGUCUUCAAGGGUAUGUUUGGAAUGGGAGGACCAGAUGUUACAGAGGAGAUCCAAGGAAAAGCAGUGCACGAGGAAAAGAUUGAUGAAUUUGAAAAGCAGUAG